CGUACCGGUUCUCAUGGAAGCCCGGUAACUUUACAACUUGGAAGGUAACCUGAAGGUAACCUUCCAUUCCAGGAAUGGAAGAGUCACCGCCACCCCCCGCGACCGGCCAAUCAGAGCGGCGCCGAACGUCAGCCGACGAGGCUUCGCCCGAGAGGCCGCUGACUCAGCCCCCCUCCCCAAUCAAUUAAUUCCAUACGAGCCUGGCCGCACCGGAUCACUUUUUUCUCUUCCUCUUCUUCUCCCAUCUGCUCCUCCUUCCCCCUUUUCCCGCCUGUCACUCUCCGACUCUCCUGGCGUCUCUCCUCCUGGUUUCACGCACUCCCUCGCUCUCCAUGGAGUCUCUCCUCCAGCAAUCCCGGGCCAUGUGCCCUUUUCUCAAGCGCACUUCCGCCGCCACUUUGCGGUCUCUAUCCACCGCAACCCGCCCCAGCACCAGCCCCGGCGGUGGGACCAUGUCCAACCUCCAGGUCCUGGCUCGUCGCUGCCCCGUCAUGAGCAAGGCCCUGGCCGUUCAGAGUGCCCGCAUGGCCGGCACUAAGAGAUUCACCUCCUCUGCCGCCGGUGUCACGGCCAACAGCAAGUACCUCCGCCCGACGGCUCCCCGACGAGACUUGCACUCGACCAGCGGCAAUGGCGCCAAUCUGAGCCCCGACGUCUUGAAGGAUUCUCAGAGAGGCCAUCCCAACUUGUCUCGAGUUGAACGCCGCCCCGGCUUUGCCCCCGCCGCGGUUUCCGGGCCCCGCCCCGAGGCCCCGGCGACCGCGCCUUUCGACUACAAUGCCUUCUACCGCACCGAAUUGGACAAGAAACACAAGGACAAAUCAUAUCGCUACUUCAACAACAUCAAUCGCCUGGCGCAGGAGUUCCCCCGGGCCCACACGGCCUCGCAAGAAGAGCGCGUGACCGUGUGGUGCUCCAAUGACUACCUCGGCAUGGGACGCAAUCGUGAAGUGCUGAACUCGAUGCAUCGGACUCUCGAUACCUACGGCGCCGGAGCUGGCGGCACUCGGAACAUUUCCGGACAUAAUCAGCACGCCGUGGGCCUUGAGAGCACGCUCGCCAAACUGCACGACAAGGAAUCCGCUCUGGUUUUCAGCUCCUGCUUUGUGGCCAACGAUGCCACCCUGGCGACCCUGGGCAGUAAGAUGCCGGACUGCGUGAUUCUGUCCGACAGCCUCAACCAUGCGUCCAUGAUUCAGGGCAUCCGCCACUCGGGCGCGAAGAAGAUGGUUUUCAAGCACAACGAUCUGGUCGAUUUGGAAACCAAGCUAGCCUCCCUCCCUCUGCAUGUUCCCAAGAUCAUUGCCUUCGAAUCCGUCUACAGCAUGUGCGGAUCGAUCGCUCCCAUCGAACAGAUCUGUGACCUGGCGGACAAGUAUGGUGCCAUCACCUUCCUGGACGAGGUCCACGCCGUGGGCAUGUACGGUCCUCACGGCGCGGGUGUUGCCGAGCACCUCGACUACGAUGUCUACGCUUCCCAGGAUACCGCCAAUCCUCGCAGCACCAAGGGCAGCGUGAUGGACCGCAUUGACAUCAUCACGGGCACGCUGGGCAAGGCGUAUGGCUGUGUCGGUGGCUACAUCGCCGGUUCGGCGGCCAUGGUCGACACCAUCCGCUCACUUGCCCCCGGCUUCAUCUUCACCACGUCGUUGCCGCCCGCCACCAUGGCUGGCGCCGACACGGCCAUCCAGUACCAGUCCCAGCACAAGCGGGACCGUGUCCUGCAGCAACUGCACACUCGCGCCGUCAAGGCCGCUUUCCAGGAGCUGGACAUCCCCGUGAUCCCCAACCCGUCGCACAUCGUGCCCCUCCUCGUCGGAGACGCCGAGGUCGCCAAGCAGGCGUCCGACAAGCUGCUGGAGGAGCACGGCAUCUACGUGCAGGCCAUCAACUACCCGACCGUGCCUCGCGGCGAGGAACGGCUGCGCAUCACCCCCACCCCGGGCCACGUCAAAGAGCAUCGCAACCACCUGGUGCAGGCCGUCCAGGCCGUCUGGAACGACCUGGGCAUCAAGCGUGCCAGCGAUUGGGAAGCGCAGGGCGGAUUCGUCGGCGUGGGCGUGGAAGGCGCCGAAGCCGCCAACCAGCCCAUCUGGGAGGACGCGCAGCUGGGACUGAAGGCCGGCGAGACCGUCGAGGCGGCCGUCAACCGUGAGUUCCGCGAAGAAGCGGCGCGGUUGCUGGCUCCCCACAUGCAGACGACCAAGUCUGCCCGGCCUCUGGCGGCUUCUACUUCGAUCCCCGUCGGAGUCGCGGCUUAAGUGACGACCAACACCUGUCUGGUCCCCCAAGUGUCGUUUGAUUUUUGUUUUUGGACCUUAGCUCUAUGACUCUUUUUCUCCCUAAAGAACCGGCCUGUCUUUACCAUGUUUUGGGUUCUAUUUUCAAAUCAAAGCUAUUUAUUCCUUGACGUCGAUUAUUAUGACGAUGUCUGGUCACACACACACACACACACACACACAUUCUGG